CGUGAUCGAAGUCAUAUGCAUCAUAUAACGUGAUCGAAGUCAUAUGCAUCAUAUAACGUGUUCUCGAAGUCACAUGCAUCAUAUAACCUGUUCUCAAAGUCAUAUGCAUCAUAUAACGUGUUCUCAGAGUCGUAUUUUCUGGGAACCACAGUCUUUGGACUAGGGAAUUUUUUUAUUGUAGUUGUAUUACUUCAGAAGUGUCAGUGUAUUGUGUUGUGGUUUGUUUAAGUUAUUCUGUAAUAUCAUAGCAUUUUACUUUAAAUAUGUUAACAGAUGAAACUUAGGCUUUGCAUUAGGUAGACACAAAGUUGCUUUCUUAGUAUCUAGUAGCUGUUGCGAAUGAGGGUACAUCCUUUCCCAUGGCAAUUAACUACCGUAGAAAUAUUGUAGUGUGCUGUUUGUUUUGGUAAUCAUCAUUGUAGACAUUUAUACUUUCUGCAGUUGCAUCUUAAUACCAUCAGUGUCAAACAUAAUAAUCCUCUUAUGAUCCUUAAUAAUUUUAUGAACACGUCUGGUAAUUGUAGUUUGGCAGUUUUUGUACUAUUAGUGCUCUUAUAGUAUCUCUUAUAAUAAUUUUAUGGAGCAUAGAAGUACCAAGUCAAUAUUAAAACUUGACCUUGCUACAAUAUGCUCCAUUGAUAACAUAUCUGUACUCACUAGCUCAAUGUGGAGCAUACAUCCUGUUUAACUAUUUGGACGAACUCCAUUUUGCUUGUGGUGAAACUUCUUCUAGGCUGGUGAGUUAUAUUUACAACGUAAUUCACUGUCAAAACUACUAUUAGGAUUCUAUCAGGCUUUAUCAAGUAAGUUGAUAUAGUUCUAGCUGAUGGGACAUGGGAUUUCCCUAGCUGUAUUUUUUUCUUUAGAGCUUGAUGUUUCUCUUAAAGAAAGAUACAGCAUCAGAUUUCCCCACUACCAUCAGCUUCAUUUAUUUAUUUAUUGUGCUUAACCCGGUUCAAUCAAAUGGAAUUGAAUCGGGUUUGUAUUUACCAAAUCGUUUUUUUGCAGAUCAUUACACUUGCCACGCAUGAAUAUUUGUUACAUUGUUACCUGAGAGGUACUGUCUUGAAUGCGGUCAAGUUGGUUUUCAACAGCUGAGCAAUUUAUCAAGUCCCAAGUAAUUGAUAAAAAUUAAAGAAGGAUGAGGGUAUUAUUGUGUAAAACCAAUGCAUUUCGCUAAUUGCUAGAUUCCUGAUUUCUUCCAUCUUUCUAUUUAGCUAGCAAGUAUGUAGAUGUGAUCUUAAUAGGACAGAAACCAAAUCAAUUUGGAGAAUGAAGAAUAACAGUCCUAGGUGAACUAUAUGUUUGUCUCUUGUGUUUAGUAUUUAGGUUAGCCGGGUGGUCAAUGCCUACAUUGUGUGAUACGGGAGGUGCAAAUUCAUUGUUUUGCUCAUCGAAUUCACAAUGUGCAUGAUGAUUACACGUUUCAAAGUAGAUAACUUGAAAGUGUUUCUUCAGCAAACUUACAUGACAUGGAGCUUAUUAAUCUUUCCUCUCCCCCUCUUCAUUUUUACAGUAUUAUUUAGUCUUUCUUAUAACUUAACUUAUGUGGCAGGGGAUAUUUUUAUCUUUGUUUCGGCCUUAUACGCAGGUGGAGUUAAGUUUGAGCAGCUGGUGUAAUAGAGAUGUGUUGUCCAUAUGGUACGUUGAGGAACUUGUUAUGGGCAACCUCUAAACAUGAUGUGUACCUUAUGCAAAACUACUCAGUAAUGCACUGGUCUUCACUUCUUAAGAGAGGUUCGGAGAUACUCAAUGUUGCUAAGCCUAUCGUACCUACUCUGACAUAUCCUGGGUCUUUAGGCCAGUCUCUUUCACGAGUGCAGAUUAGUACAAUGGCUGUUAAACACAAUCUACUGGUUGCUGGCGGAUUUAAAGGGGAACUUCUCUGCAAGUCCUUGGACCAAUCUGGAGUUGCAUUUUGCACAAAGAUAGCCAUGGAUGAAAAUGCUAUAACAAAUGAUGUAGACAUAUACCAUAGUACUGAUGGUUCGAUCAGGUUAAUGACUGCCAACAACGAUUCUAAAGUUAGAGUGUUCGAUACUGUAAAUUUUGCUUGUACUAAUCGAUUCACCUACCCUUGGUCUGUAAAUAACACAUGUGUUAGCCCUGAUGGGAAAUUAUUCUCUGUUCUGGGAGAUAGUCCAGAAUGCUUGGUGGCUGAUGCUCAAUCGGGGAAGGUGGUUGGGACGCUUAAAGGCCAUCUGGACUACUCCUUCACCUCAGCUUGGCAUCCUGAUGGAAAUAUUCUAGCGACUGGGAAUCAAGACACCACCUGUAGGCUCUGGGACAUAAGGAACAUGUCUGAAUCUCUCUCUGUCUUGAAGGGAAGGAUGGGAGCAAUUAGAGCAAUAAGUUUCAGCUCAGAUGGCCAGUUUAUGGCCACAGCAGAGGCUGCAGACUUCGUUCAUAUCUACGAUACAAAGUCUGGUUACUCCACAGAACAAGAAAUUGAUCUUUUUGGAGAGAUUGCCGGAAUAUCGUUCAGUCCCGACACAGAAGCUCUAUUUAUCGGUAUUGCAGACAGGACCUAUGGUAGCUUACUGGAGUAUAACCGAAGAAGAUAUGGAUAUUACCUAGACUCCUUCGUGUAGUCAGCCUGUCGGGGAGGGGCCAAGUUUGUCCGAGUGGAAGUUUAAAGCAAUCUGGCAUGAUGGUUAGCGGAUUUAGUUAUGUAUAACUUAUAAGCAACAAUGUAGCCCCUAGUUAGAACCAUCCCUGCUUCCUCUCCUUUGGCUAUUUUCACAUUUUCACCAUUACCAGAAAAAACGCAGAGGUACUUGCAGUUUUUUUGUUCGACUUGGUACCUGGGCUUGUUGAGAACAGUUUUGAUCCAAAAAGCAAAAGAGAAAAAAGAAAGAAAAAGACACAGAAUAGUAUUGUAUUGUAUAGUAUAAAUUUAUGUAAAGCAGUUAUAUGGGUAUUGAAUUUGUUGUAUAGUUUAGUUGAUAUAUAUACGAUAUCUUUUAUUCCAGUUGCA